CUCACAUCUGAGGACCGCACGGGCACCCCACAGGUCUCCUCGCUGACACCCCCGUUUUGGUUGCACCGCGUGAGACCCCAGCACUGCUCCGAGGGGCCCGAGACCUUCACGGCGUCCUGCACAACAGCAGAACUGCCAUCUGGCUGCACGUGAAGCGUUGGCAACAUGGAGUGGCUGUUCGGCAAGAAGAAGACCCCAGCAGAGCUGCUGCGUGAGAACAAGCGCAUGCUGGACCGCGCGAUCCGUGAGCUGGACCGGGAGCGCAUGGGGCUGCAGACGCAGGAGAAGAAGCUGAUCCUGGAGAUCAAGAAGAUGGCCAAGGAGGGGCAGAUGGAGGCGGUCAAGGUGAUGGCCAAGAGCCUGGUGCGCAACCGCCACGCCGUCAACAAGCUGUUCCAGCUCAAGAGCCAGCUGCAGGCGGUGUCGCUGCGGAUAGCGACGCUCAAGUCGACGCACGCGAUGGGGGAGGCGAUGGCGGGCGCCACCAAGGCCAUGGGCGCCAUGAACCGCCGCAUGAACCUGCCCGCGGUGGCCAAGAUCAUGCGCGAGUUUGAGAAGCAGAAUGAGCGCA